AUGUUUCCCAGUGUUUUGUACAUUUCUUCAAUUCAUGGUUUUAAUCAAUAUGGCCUUUCAACAUGGGUGGGAAUUUCAGGAGAAAAAUAUAACCCAUUUGAUUUUGGAGGUCCAGAUACAUCACUAGUUACAAAAGAAUGGUUAAAUGAAAAUAUUCGUUCUUUAGGGGCACUAGGAUCUGUAUAUCCGGAGCCAAUGUUUAUAAUGGAGGGUGAUACGCCUGCUACAUUAUUUGUAUUGCCAAAUGGCUUAGGAGUACCUGAAAACCCCAACUUUGGUAGUUGGGGAGGAAGAUACACUUUAUUUGAUCAGAGCGGGAGAUCCAACCAUUAUGCUGAUGCUACUGACCAUGUGGUAGGUCAAGAUAACCGUACUCAUGUUAGCAACAAGGCUACUAUCUGGAGAUGGAGGGAAGGCUAUCAAAAUGAUUUUGCUGCUCGAAUGCAAUGGACCAUAAAGGAUUUUAAGGACACGCUGCACCCUCCCAUAAUCGUUGUCAAUAAGACACAGAGUGUUAAACCCUUUGAAAUGAAGGCUCUUGUCGGUAGCAGAAUUGUUCUAGAUGCAUCAGAAAGUUAUGACUUAAACAAUC